AUGAAAAAGGAAGAGAAAAUUUGUAUGGGCUGCAAAGACCCAAUCUCCAGAUUUAUUCAACUUGAAAAAGAUCCAAAUAAUUGUUGCCAACAGUGUAGGCGCUUCAAAUCAGCACUAGAAGAAAGUACAGAACUUAUAGAAAAAAAGCUUAAAAGACCUCUUGCUUACAAACCAUACCCAACUAAAAAACCGCAAGAAGAUGGAGUUCGAUUGGGAAAAAAUAAUGUAAUGCCUGCAUGUGGGUAUAUCAUAAUGGUUACAGAGCGAGUGUGCAAUUUUAUUACCAAAAAGAAGAAUAAAAUGAUUCGAAGUGAAAUCGACUAUUUCUCAAGAGUCAGAAGUUGCGUUAGAUCAUUUGAUGCUAUGGAAAGAUAUAAAAUAUGCAUGGAGCUAAAAGAAAUUGAAACUCUAGAUUUAAAUGGAGAAGCUGCUAUGGAUAAGCUGUCAAUAUGUGAUAUUCCUGAUACAGUUAAAGAUUUGAUAAAUCAAUACACCAUGUAUGUGAGGAUAAACUUUAAAAAAUGGUGUAAAAAGGAAGAUAUAAAAAUUUACUUAGAAUAA